AUGUCUCUAUUACGAACCGGAAGACCACUCGGCCGAAACGCUGUCUCUUUCAGAGCUGGUCAAUUGACAUGUCGGACCAACGCUCGUUAUCUCAGCAGCACGCCCUCACGAGAAGCCGAGGAUGCUCCUAAAACCAGCCAAGCCGAUGCACCCGGUGUUGUAGCAAGAGGGAGUUCAAUGACACGGAAAGAAUCUCCUGCAGAGGCGAUGGCGCGGCAUCAGCCAGAUUAUAAUGCUACGGUUGACCACGGCACCUCAUUAUUCUCCCCUGUUCCCAAACGUGUUAUGGACGGCAGUGAAGCGAGCGGUUCCAUUGCUGCCGCAGUUAUAUCAGGGGCUCCUACCGACCUUCAAGCGCGAACAGUCAGGAUCUUCCAACCCUCGAAACCAGCGACGCAAUCGGGGACGUGGCAUACCCACCACUGGCGAAUGGAUUGGGAUGUUUUGUCAAAAGGCCAUCGCUGGGAAAAUCCGCUGAUGGGGUGGCAAUCUUCAGCUGAUGCGAUGCAAGCUACCCAUCUAGAUUUCAAAUCAAAGGAAGAUGCGAUAUCAUUUGCGGAAAAGCAAGGAUACGAAUAUUUUGUCCAGGAACCAAAUAAGCGAGCGUUCCGCCCCAAAGCAUAUGCGAACAACUUCUUACACGAACCUAAGAAGCUCAAAAUUGUCAGAACUAAAUAG